AAUGAGAUGCACCGCGGGGCCCGCCCCGCAGCCGCACGGGGCCAAUGGCGCUGUGGCUGCACGCGGCAGGCUCCGGGAAGAUGGCUGCUGCAGUGCUGCUGGCACUGGGUUUGCGCUGUGCGCGCAGAACUCUGGCGGCCGCGGGGCCCCGGGGGGCGCAGGCUCGAGGAAACGCAGGUGUGACUGAUGGGAGUGAAGUGACCAAGGCCCAGACAGCAGCUCCUGGAGGAGCUGCACCAACCAUCUUCUCCCGGAUCUUGGACCGGAGCCUUCCAGCUGACAUUCUGUAUGAAGAUCAGCAGUGCCUAGUGUUCCGGGAUGUGGCGCCUCAGGCUCCUGUGCACUUUCUGGUCAUUCCUAAGAAACCCAUUCCUCGAAUUAGCCAGGCUGAAGAAGAAGACCAGCAGCUUCUAGGACACUUACUUCUUGUGGCCAAGAAGAUAGCAAAGGCUGAGGGUCUGAAAGACGGGUAUCGGCUUGUGGUCAACGAUGGGAAGAUGGGCGCGCAGUCCGUAUAUCACCUUCACAUUCACGUGCUUGGAGGACGACAGCUACAGUGGCCACCUGGCUAACCCUGACAGCUGCCCAAGGACCACAGACCUGGAUGCUUGGGUAGAGAGAGUUGGAAAAGGAAUCCUGUGCUGUUAAUAAAAUCUAUUCUCCCUCAAUAUUGCAUCUUUGUCUAA